GCAGUUACAGAGAAGAAUUUUGAAACAAAGGAUUUUCGAGCUUCUCUAGAAAAUGGUGUUCUGCUGUGUGAUUUGAUUAAUAAGCUUAAACCUGGUGUCAUUAAGAAGAUCAAUAGACUGUCCACACCAAUAGCAGGUUUGGAUAAUAUAAACGUUUUUUUGAAAGCUUGUGAACAGAUUGGAUUGAAAGAAGCCCAGCUUUUUCAUCCUGGGGAUCUUCAGGAUUUAUCAAAUCGAGUCACUGUCAAGCAAGAAGAGACUGAUAGGAGAGUGAAAAAUGUUUUGAUAACAUUGUACUGGCUGGGAAGAAAAGCACAAAGCAACCCCUGCUACAAUGGUCCCUAUCUUAAUUUGAAAGCAUUUGAGAAUCUUUUAGGACAAGCCCUGACCAAGGCCCUUGAAGACUCCAGCUUCUUGAAAAGAAGCGGCAGGGACAGUGGCUACGGUGAUCUCUGGUGUCCUGAACGUGGAGAAUUCUCUGCCCCUCCAGGCCACCACAGGAGAGAAGAUUCCUUUGAAAGCUUGGACUCUCUGGGCUCAAGGUCAUUGACAAGCUGCUCCUCUGACAUCACACUGAGAGGGGGACGUGAAGGUUGCGAAAGUGACACAGAUUCCGAAUUUACGUUCAAAAUGCAGGAUUAUAAUAAAGAUGAUAUGUCAUAUCGAAGGAUUUCGGCUAUUGAACCAAAGUCUGCUUUACCAUUCAAUCGUUUUCUACCCAACAAAAGUAGACAGCCAUCCUAUGUGCCAGCGCCUUUGAGGAAGAAAAAGCCAGACAAAAAUGAGGAUAACAGAAGAAGCUGGGCAAGCCCAGUCUAUGCAGAAGCAGAUGGAACGUUUUCAAGUAACCUGAGGAGAACUUGGGGCCCCAGUGUGCAGAACUGGCCAACAGUACAAGAAACUUCAAAAUCCUCUUGCUACUUGGAGGAGGAAGAAAAGACAGCAAGCAUACCCAACAUUGUAAAGGAUGAUCUUUAUGUGCGAAAGCUGAGUCCAAUCAUACCAAACCCAGGGAAUUCUUUUGAUCAGUUUCUUCCCAAAUGUUGGAUCCCAGAAGAUGUGAACUGGAAAAGGAUAAAACGGGAAACUUAUAAACCAUGGUAUAAAGAAUUUCAGGGAUUCAGUAGAAAGAAUUCAGACUUUGAGGAUGAGGACUCAGGCUCUGACAGAAGCGCCACCAUUUUUAGUAAAGUACAAAAAGCAGACCAUAGACUAGACAUCAGCUGUCAAAGGCCUUCAGUCUUGCUGGAACUAGCUGCUAAACGGGCCGUGAGAUCACGGGAGACCCAUGCAGCCGGGAGAAGCAGUGGUACUCCAGAUGAGCCCAGUCAGUUUUUAUUACUUCAGGCCUUCCAAACAUACUCCGAUGACAUCUUGUCUUCUGAAACAAAUAUUAAAAUCGAUCCCACCUCUGGCCCAAGGGUCAUAACACGCAGGAAGAAUCUCUCUUAUGCUCCAGGCUACGGAAGAGAGGAUCUCGAGCUGUCAGCUCUGGAUCCUGACUUAGAGAAUGACGAUUUCUUUGUCAGAAAGACUGGGGCUUUCCACGCAAAUCCAUAUGUUCUCCGAGCUUUCGAAGACUUUAGAAAGUUCUCUGACCAAGACGAUCCUGUAGAGCGAGAUAUAAUUUUGCAAUGUAGGGAAGGUGAACUUGUACUUCCAGAUUUGGAAAAAGACGAUAUGAUUGUUCGCCGAAUUCCAGCGCAGAAGAAAGAAGUACCUCUGUCUGGGGCCCCGGAUAGAUACCAACCAGUCCCUUUCCCUGAUCCCUGGACUCUUCCUCCAGAAAUUCAAGCAAAAUUCCUCUGUGUACUCGAAAGGACGCGUCCAUCCAAAGAAAAAAGUAAUAGCUGUAGAAUAUUAGUUCCUUCACAUCGGCAGAAGAAGGAUGACAUGUUGACUCGUAAGAUCCAGUCUUGGAAACUGGGAACUACUGUGUCUCCUAUCAGUUUCACCCCUGGCCCCUGCAGUGAGGCCGACCUACAGAAAUGGGAAGCCAUCCGGGAGGCCAGCAGACUUAGGCACAAGAAACGGCUGAUGGUGGAGAGACUCUUUCAAAAGAUUUAUGGUGAGAAUGGGAGUAAGUCCAUGAGCGAUGUCAGCGCAGAGGAUGUUCAGAACUUGCGUCAGCUGCGUUACGAGGAGAUGCAGAAAAUAAAAUCACAAUUAAAAGAACAAGAUCAGCAAUGGCAGGAUGACCUUGCAAAAUGGAAAGAUCGUCGAAAAAGUUACACUUCAGAUUUGCAGAAGAAAAAAGAAGAAAGGGAAGAAAUUGAAAAGCAAGCACUUGAGAAGUCCGAGAGAAGCUCUAAGACGUUUAAGGAAAUGCUGCAGGACAGGGAAUCCCAAAAGGAAAAGCCUACAAUCACAGUGAGGAGGAGAAUGUAUUCUUAUGAUGAUGUACUGAAUGAAGAAAACCUACCCUCUAUCCUGACUAUGUCAGAAGCAAGUUACCAGAGUGAGAGAGUAGAAGAGAAAGGAACAACUUAUCCUACAGAAAUUCCUAAAGAAGAUUCUACAACUUUUGCAAAAAGAGAGGACAAUAUAACAGCUGAAAUUCAGCUUCCUUCUAAAGGCCCUGAGGAAGAACAACACUCAGCCUCUUUGUCUGCUCAGCGUUCACUGAGUACACAAAUGGCGUCGACUCGUGUUUCAGCUUCCCUCCCUAGAAGUUACCAGAAAACUGAUACAGCCAGGUUAACAUCUGUGGUCACACCGAGACCUUUUGGCUCUCAGUCAAGGGGAAUCUCAUCACUCCCCAGAUCCUACACGAUGGAUGAUUCUUGGAAGUAUAAUGGAGAUGUCGGAGGCAUUAAGAGAACUCAAAACAAUGCCGUCAGCACCCCCGCACAACACCUUGAAGCCAGCCAGCUUGCUGUGAGCUCAUCGAGCCAGAAGGAGGCAGCAGCCUCAGAAGAUGUGAUGAGGUUGCCUUCCCCUACACCCUCAUUCUCAUCUCUUUCCCAAGACCAGACUGCCACUUCUAAAGCCACACUGUCUUCACUAUCUGGCCUCGAUUUAAUGUCUGAAUCUGGAGAAGGGGGGAUCUCACCCCAAAGAGAGGUCCCAAGAUCACGGGAUCAGUUUAGUGAUAUGAGAAUCAGCAUAAACCAGACGCCUGGGAACAGUCUUGACUUUGGAUUUACAGUAGAAUGGGCUUUUUCCGGCAUCUUCGUAGCAUCCGUUGAAGCAGGUAGCCCAGCAGAAUUUUCUCAGCUCCAGGUAGAUGAUGAAAUUAUUGCUGUUAACAACACCAAGUUUUCAUAUAAGGAUAAGAAAGAGUGGGAGGAAACCAUGGCUAAAGCUCAAGAAACUGGAAACUUAGUAAUGGAUGUCAGGCGCUAUGGAAAAUCUGACUGGGGCAAAGACCUACCUUCCCUGCCAUUUACACAGCAUAAAACCCUCAAUCUCACCAGUAUGGCUACCAAAAUUAUAGGUUCACCUGAAACAAAGUGGAUUGAUGCAACUUCUGGAAUUUACAACUCAGACAAAUCUUCAGAUCUGUCUAUAACGACUGAUUUCUCUGAAAACCUUCAGAAUUCUAAUACUGAAUCCAAAGAAAUCAAUGGAAUUCAUGAUGAAAGUAACACUUUUGACUCAAAAGCAUCUGAACCCAUUUCUUUGAAAAACUUAAAAAGGCGAUCACAAUUUUUUGAACAAGGAAGCUCUGAUUCUGCGGCUCCUGAUCUUCCAGUUCCAGCCCUCAGUGCCCCGAGUCGCUGGGCUUGGGAUCCGGAGGAGGAGCGGAAGCGGCAAGAGCGGUGGCAGAAGGAGCAGGACCGCCUGCUGCAGGAAAAAUAUCAACGUGAGCAGGAGAAACUGAGGGAAGAGUGGCAAAGGGCCAAACAGGAGGCCGAGAGAGAGAAUUCCAAGUACUUGGAUGAGGAACUGAUGGUCCUAAACUCAAACAGCAUUUCUCUGACCCCACGGGAGCCCGAUCUUGCCACUUGGGAAGCCAGCUGGAGUGAAGGGUCCAAGUCCUCCGACAGGGAAGGGACCCGAGCAGGAGAGGAGGAGAGAAGAGAGCACCACGAAGAAGUUGCUCCUGAGGACCAAAGAAAGAAGCUGCAGGAACAAUUCACUCUGGAGAGGGAGAAGGAACUGAAGCAGCAACAGCAGCAGGAAGAGCAGGAGGAGUGGUUUCGGGCCCAGGCUGAAGAGCAGAAGCGCCGUGCAGAAGAGCAAAGGCUCCAUGCAGAAGAGCAGAGGCUCCAUGCAGAAGAGCAGAGGCGCCAGGCAGAAGAGCAGAGGCUCCAUGCAGAAGAGCAGAGGCGCCAGGCAGAAGAGCAGAAGCGCCAUGUAGAAGAGCAAAGGCUCCAUGCAGAAGAGCAGAGGCGCCAGGCAGAAGAGCAGAGGCGCCAGGCAGAAGAGCAGAGGCGCCAGGCAGAAGAGCAGAGGCGCCAGGCAGAAGAGCAGAAGCACCAGGCAGAAAGGGAGAGGGAAACGUCGGUCAAAAUAUACCAGUAUAGGAGGCCUAUUGAUUCCUAUGAUAUACCAAAGAAGGAAGAAGAAUCUUCAGGUUUGCUUCCUAGUGACAGGAAUAAAUCCAGAUCUACUACUGAACUGAAUGAUUACCCUACAAAUAAAAAUGAAAGCAAUAAAUAUUUAGACCGAAUUGGGAGCUCUAGCCCUUCACAGAGGAGCUCCAAGAAGGAGCAAGGACCAUCAGAAGCGGAGUUGGAGAGACAACAAAUCCUUCAGGAAAUGAGGAAGAGAACAUCCCUUCACAAUGACAACAGCUGGAUCCGGCAGCGCAGUUCCAGUGUGAACAAAGAGCCUAUUUGUCUGCCUGGGAUCAUGAGAAGAGGCGAAUCUCUAGAUAACCUGGACUCCCCACGAUCGAACUCUUGGAGACAGUCCCCUUGGCUCAAUCAGUCUACAGGAUUCCAUGCCUCUUCCUCCAUGCAAGACUUCAGUCGCCCACCACCUCAGCUGGUGUCCACGUCAAACCGUGCCUACAUGCGGAACCCGUCCUCCAGUGUGCCCCCACCUUCCGCUGGCCCCGCAAAGACCACCACUGUGGGUGGAGCCCCCACCCCUCAAAACCAUUCCCCUUCACCUUCACAGUCAGGUUCUCAGCUACGCAGCAGUGUGUGUCCUGUAAGUGUGACCUCGGAGGCUCUUCCUCAGGAGCCGAAGUCAGAAUCAGAAACCAGCAGCUGUACUGCAACGACUGCUAUCUCAGAUUCAAAUCUGGACGGCCAACCGCCAUGUGAUGUAAACCUCCACACGAAAGCACUGUUGCAGAUAGAAGAAGAGGUGGGGGCUGCUGAUGUAGAUCUAUAAAUAUGUGUUGUAUGUCUAUUUGGCUUUCUUUUUUAAAAAAACAAUAACUUUUUUUUUUGCUUCUUUAGAUUAUAUAGGAACAUUGUAGUCUUGGUAGAAUCUGUAUUUUGUUGUUGUUUAUUUAUAAGGAAGUAAUUAUGUGUGGGGGAAAAGUGCAGUAUUUUGAAUUCAGCAUCUUAAAAGCACAAGAGAAAAAAAUAAGAACUUAAAAAUAUUUUUGAAGCUGACAAUGAUCUAGAUUGACUUUCUAGUGGUGUUUUGAAGAGGAUAUUUUAUCUUUUUUUUUUUUAAAGGUUCUUAAACAUCAUCUGAAAUAGUUAAUAUAAAUAUGUAAUUGCCUUUGCUCUGUUUAUUGUAAUGUGUUCUAAAUUAAUGCAGAACCAUAUGGAAAAUUUCAUUGAAAUCCAUCCCCAAAUUUGCUUUCUGUAUCCUUCCUUGCACCUAUGUAAUAUGACUUAAAAAUUUACUUUAUGUAACAUUUUAUUUGCUUGAUGAGGGGAGCUCUAUUUUCCUUAACAAUAGAAAGCUGCUUAUUUUCAUUAAUGAAAAAUAACCAUGGUUUGUAUACCGGAAGUUUUCUCCUGAAACUAGUGAACCUUUCUGUUCAAUUGCAUUUGUAAAUAAACUUGCUGAUGCAUUUA